UUCGGAGCAAAACUUCCAUUUUCCUGUACUGCUCGGCGGAUCUCUCUCUCAUGUCCCCGUGAACGGUGGAGUGAGCACGUGUUUGCCUCUAUCAAAAACCCGCUGACCGGUAACCGUCGUCUUUUCUCUCCAGUGAAAAAAUAAUCAAGCAAGUUCGCCGACAUGAAUCCCGAGAAGCUGAAGAAGCUUCAGGCUCAAGUAAGAAUCGGUGGCAAGGGUACUCCUCGUCGUAAGAAGAAGGUUGUUCAUGCAACUGCAGCUACUGAUGACAAAAAAUUGCAGAGCUGUCUAAAGAAACUAUCAGUUAACACUAUCCCUGGUAUUGAAGAGGUGAACAUGAUUAAGGAUGAUGGAACAGUUAUCCACUUCAACAAUCCUAAAGCACAAGCCAGUCUAUCGGCGAAUACUUUUGCUAUUACUGGUCAUGGUGAAAACAAACAAAUCACAGAAAUGCUACCUGGUAUUCUAAGUCAGCUUGGUCCAGAGGGUCUUACUCAGUUGAAGCGAUUAGCCAGCACAGUUGCUGGUAGUGGAAGCACCAAGACUGCCAUAGAAGAGGAUGAUGAAGUGCCUGACCUGGUGGAGAACUUUGAUGAAGCUAGCAAGGAAGAGGUGGCAAUGAAGAAGGAUGCUGAUGAAGCUCUUGCAGCUGAAGAAAAGAAAAAGACAGAAGAAACAAAAGAUGCCCCUCUUGCCAAGCAAGAAUCUUAAACACUGGAAAUUACAAAACUUACAGGCGAUAUGGCUCUCGGCAAUGAGCUAAGAGGUUUAAAUAACAUAACAUUAAGAGUUAUUUGUAAUUUAAAACGAGAUCGAAAUCAGAUUGACUUUGCAAAUGUAAACAUAAUCGAGAUAGCUGAAAAGAUUAUUAUAUAAUGAGUAAUGGUUAUAAUAAAAGUUCGAGAAGUAGAAUAAUGAUGGAUAUCGUUUUGAUUUAUAAUUUAUGGACAUCAUGUUCUCACUCGAAAUUGUAAUCAUUCAGAAAGAAUACUUUAUUGCAUAACAAUUUUCAUUCCCUACAUGGCAUUUUGAAAAGAUUGUAAAAAUUUUUUAAUAUUUGAGCAAACCCAUUGAAGUAAUAAUACAUAAAAUAGACUAGCUAACAUUACGUGUAAAAAUGAGAAUUUAGUCACAAAAACAUUUAAUAAAUAUGUGAUAAUAAUCUGAUAGUACUUUGCCACCUGAUCUUUUAGCUAUGAAUGUUAUUAAAAUCUAUGAGUAGUGAAAAAUAGCUAUUUAAAAAUUGUAUUUCAAAC